AUGCAGAGGGAGCGGGCGCAGGGGUGGCAGCAGCUUCUGCCCCUGGCUCCGGGAUCGGCCAUGCAGACGCAGUCGCUGAAACAGCCAGAGCCGGGGGCAGGGCCGCCCAGGGAGGUGGCCGCACCCGCGGGGCUGGUUUAUGACAGACCACAAAAACGUUUUGCUCUGUACUAUAAUCCAGGUGUCCAACAAGAUUUCACCAGUGACACCUUAAAAUCAAAGCACCAGCAGAAAAGUAGCAACCAGCACCAUCUUGACUGGUCAGCAAGCUCUGAUACUGGAUUCACUUCUCAAAGUUGCUUCGUUAACAGAGAACCCAGUAGAGAAGCAGUUAGUGCCACCAAGGUCUCCACUAUGGAGCCAGGAGUUUCCUUCAGCAAAUCCCAGGCAAAAAAGUCCUGCGCCUGCAGCACAUGGGGGAAGCUGUCAGCUGGUAGUAAUGAGCUUGCCAUUUGCAGUGCAGUCCCAUCACCCAACAGCAUCAGCAGGGCUUCCCAGCUGAGCAGUGCCUCCGAGUGCAAUGGGCUUUUGCCUCUUGGAGAUCAGGAGGGAGGUGUGCAGCUGAAAGCCCCCAAUCAGCCCACCAGGAGUACAAAGAUGAAGUCCUGCAAAAACAAUUUUCCAAGUCAAGCCAUCCAAAUCACAGACAUCGAAUCGGUAAAGAGUGCUCAGAAAGCAUUUUACAACAAAUCCCAUGACAGCGUGGAAGGAAAAAAGGAGUCUUAUUCAAUGGAUGGUGUGUUGGAUACAUCACCCUCAAAUCAGAAUCCCAUUUCUGCUAGCAGUUGUGAAAGUGACACCAGUCGCAUACAAAUUACUAUCCCAAUAAAGUCUCUGACAACAGAUACUUCUGGCCACAAAAGGAAAAAAAGGCAGUCCACAAAAUCUUUCAUAGAGAAAACUAUCCAGGAGAAAAGCCUGCCUUCUGAACUUGCUAUGAGCAGUGAAGUAGCAAACAGGACUAGCUCUCAGCUAGAGGGGAGUAAAAAAGAUCUUCAAGCCACAAAGACAGGAAAAGUGAUUGAAAAUGAGUCCCCCUUAGUAGCUACUGACAGUGGUGUGUUCACUGACAAAGCCUCCCCCAAAUGUGCCACCAGACUCAGAAAAUCUGUAUCUGCGACAUCCACUCUCAUACCCACUGAUCUUCCCACAGCCAGCAAAUUAUCUGAAGUCCAGCACCCCAAACAUGCAGAUAAGUGGCGAUGGACCUGUAACCAACCUAAAUCUAUCCUUCAGGAGACCUCCAUGACAACAUCUGAGAAGCUGAUGGUAGAACCUCCUUUAGCCUAUCCAAUCACACCAUCUAGCCCUCUUUAUACCAAUGCAGACAGUCUUACUGCGAUCACACCUGUCAAGAAAAAAAGAGGACAACCAAAGAAACAGCCUUUGCUCACUGUUGAAACCAUUCAUGAGGGAACCUCCACCAGCCCAGUGAGUCCAAUCAGUCAUGAAUUUCCAGGAACAAAGAAAAGGAAGAGGAGAAGCAAUCUGCCCAAGUUGGCCCAGAUAGUUGCAGGAGAGGACAAGUCCAUCAGUGAACUCAAGUUUCACAAAAGGAUCGUGAAGCUUGGGGUUUUAGAUAAAAAGACCAUCAAUAUCAUUAAUAAAAUGGAAACCCUCAAGAGGAAAAACAUUCUCAAUCAAAUCUUGUCCUCCUGCUCCAGCUGCAUAGCUCUGAAAGCAAAAGUCCAGACCCUGUUUAGUGUUGGGCCAACCACCAUUGAUGCUGGACUAGGGAAGCAGAUCAAUGUCAGCAAGAGGGGGACUAUCUACAUUGGUAAAAAACAGGGCAGAAAGCCAAGGGCAGAGAGGCAGCCUCAGACAGAAGAACCUAAGAUAGCCAUCAAGCACUCAAGGCCUGUUUUCAGCCAGCCAGAAAACCCAGCAGUGCCUUCCAACCUGCAGUCACUUGUGUCAUCAUCACCAGCAGCUAUUCAUCCAUUUUCAACACUGAGGAUUAAAGACAACCUCAGCCCUGCAAGCACUGAAACUAAUUUUUCAGAGUUAAAAACUAUGCCAAAUUUUCAACCUAUCAGUGCUCUUCCUCCAAAAACCGAGAAAGGAAUGCACCGUAAAACUUGGAAGCUGUCUCCACCCUGGUUAAUGGCUAAUUCACCUUCUCACCUCUGUGAAAUAGGUUCUCUGAAAGAAGUCACGCUGUCGCCAGUGAGCGAGUCUCACAGAGAGGAAACCAUCCCGAGCGACAGUGGGGUAGGUACAGACAUCAACAGUACUUCUGACCAAAACAAGAAAAGCUCAGAAUCCCACUGGAGAUGCUCCUUUGAUUUCUGCACCCUGGACAAUCCUGAGGCUAUCUCAUCUGACACCAGCAUAAAGAACAGGCAUGGUCAUCAGCAAAAACAUCUCAUUGUGGAUAACUUUCUCUUUCAUGAGGGUAUUAAAAAGCCAAAGCACAAGAGGAAAAGGAAAAGCCAGCAGAACAGAGAUGACCUCCAGUUUCUGGCAGACCUUGAUGAACUCAACAAUAAGUUUCAAGUGUUCAGGAUUUCUCAUAAAAGUUAUAUAUUUUAUCAUAAAAAUCCAUAUCCCAGCAUUUUCAGGAUUAAUUUUGGUCACUACUACCCUGUGCCAUAUAUCCAGUAUGACCCAUGGCUGUAUCUUCGCAAGACCUCUGAUAUAAAGUCUAAGAAGAAGCAUGGUAGACCUGCCAAAACCAAUGAUGCCAUGACAAAGGUGCCUUUACAAGGGUUUGGUUACCCUAUUCCCAGUGGGAGUUACUAUGCACCCUAUGGAAUGCCUUACACAUCUAUGCCUAUGAUGAAUCUUGGUUACUAUGGUCAGUAUCCAGCUCCUCUGUACCUGUCUCACACACUUGGAGCGGCUUCCCCAUUUUUGAGACCUACUGUGCCCCCACCCCAAUUCCAUGCAAGCUCUCAUAUGAAGAUGUCCACCACUGCCAAACAUAAAGCAAAACAUGAAGUGCACCUACAGGCCCCUAUGGGAAUGGGUCUUGGAGACAUGCAGUCCUCUUUGGCUCCUCCAAAAGUUGGAGGAACAAGCCUUUCAAGUGGCCAACUUCACAAAAGGAAACACAAACAUAAGCAUAAGGAUGAGCAGAUAUUGGGGACACCUGAAGAUCUGAGUGGUCUUGCUAGCAAGUCCACUGGCUUCUCCAGCCAUGCAAUCAAUGAAAAGCUAAGCAGCUCAGAUAAAGACUUCUCCUUGCUCAAUGAGAAAAGAAAACACAAGGAGGAGCAGAAGCACCAGCAUUGUGAAACCAGACACAAAGGCUCAAAAAGUAACUUUGAAGUGGAUACACUGUCUGUGUUAUCAUUUUCUGAUGCCCAGCAGUGGACACAGAGUAAACAUAAUAGCAACUCAAGCAAUGAUCCCAUUGACUCUUGCACAAAGAGAUACUCUGGUAAUACUGAGAGUAAUGGAAGGUCGGAGUCCCUGGACAUGUUUGGUGAAAUUAAUUCCUCAAGUGAAAAGCAGAACAAGGAUGCAAGUGGGAAUAAAAGAAGAAGCUUUGAAGGGUUUGGAGCUUUCAGGGGAAAGGACAUUCAGCCCUUCAGGAUAAAUAGGAAGAACAGAAGUACUUAUGAUUCAUCAGCAUCUUCAGUCCGCAGGCCCCCGGGCCCUUCAAUAAAGCGCCGCACAAAACUUAUCCGAGUUUUGUGUCCUUUAUCAUUCGGGCAACAGUUUUCUGGCGACCGCGGCAGGACUCCGAGGGUUGCUGGGGCGGUUCGCGUCUCGAUCCACUCCAAGCCGGCGCCGAGCACUUCUCGGAGGAGUCAUCGGGUCGUGCCCGACCCCCCGCGCCUGUCGGACGACUGCAGAAGGUAA